UGGUUGUACUUGCUGUGUUGGUCUUGAACUCUUCCGUCUAUUGCUCGUCUUCCAUGGGUUCCGACUUCAAAUCCAUUCCAAUAAUAGAUGUCAGUCCACUGCUGGCUAAAUGCAGUGAUCCUUUGCUUGCUGAAGAUCAAGGUGUAUCUGAAGUUGUUGAACAAUUAGAUCGAGCAUGUAAGGAGGCUGGGUUUUUCUAUGUGAAAUGCCAUGGUAUACCUGAUUCCCUUGUCAAAGAGGUGAGAGAAUUGACCCACCAAUUUUUUGAUCUUCCUUAUGAAGAAAAACUUAAAAUCAAGAUGACUCCUGCAAGAGGAUACAGAGGAUAUCAGAGAAUUGGAGAAAAUGUCACUAAAGGAAAACCGGAUAUGCAUGAGGCCAUUGAUUGCUAUAAAGAACUGAAUCCUGGGUCCUAUGGAGCUCUUGGGAAGCCUUUAGAAGGAGCUAAUAAAUGGCCAGAUAAACCUGCAAACUUCGACUCUGUGAUGGAGGAGUAUAUCAGCCUUCUUACAGAUCUUGCAAGAAACAUUAUGCGUGGAAUUGCUCUAGCAUUGGGUGAAUCACCAUAUGAAUUUGAAGGUGAAAAAAGUGGAGAUCCAUUUUGGGUAAUGCGUCUAAUUGGUUAUCCAGGUGCUUCUGAUGCCAAUGGUUCAGGAAUGCCAGAAAACGACAUUGGAUGUGGAGCUCACACGGACUAUGGUCUCUUGACACUAGUUAAUCAGGACGACAAUAUUCCUGCACUGCAGGUGAGAAACAUGUCUGGGGAGUGGAUAUGGGCAUUUCCAAUUCCUGGCACAUUUGUCUGCAACAUAGGUGACAUGCUGAAGAUUUGGUCCAAUGGUUUGUAUCAACCAACUUUGCAUCGAGUAAUCAACAGCUCUUCAAUGUAUCGAGCUUCUGUUGCCUUCUUCUAUGAGCCAAACUUUGAUGCUGUAAUAGAGCCAUUGGAGGGUUGUAAGCAAAAGACCGGUGGCAUUGCGAAGUAUGAAAAAGCUGUAUAUGGGGAGCAUUUAGUCCGCAAAGUCACUACCAACUUUGUGAUGUAGGUUUCCCUUUUCCCAAACACUCCCUCUUCUCUAAAUUGAAAAAGAAAAAGAACAAAAUAAAA